CAUUGAAGACGAAAAAAAAUCAAGAAAAGGUGAGACAAGACCGGAGGGAGAAACGAGACCGCGUCUUGACAUUUUUGGAACAAUGGACGUUUUCCUUGCUCCGUGAUCUUUACAGCCUGCAGCCAUGUAGCAUUCCAUCGGAGUAACUGCAGUAGGAAAUCACCGGUUAACAUGUGAAUUGCAUUCACAUCACAUUUUCAACGGGAGCCAGUUAUAUUUUGGCACGCAUUGACAUUUGGAGUUGACGUCACAAUCCUGUGUGAAUUCCGAACCAAUGAACACUGUCUGGAAUUCAGAGGUAAUCACAACUCGCUCAUGGGACGAUGAGAGCUCGUAUCCGGCCGACAAUCUUUGCUGCCGCCCUCCUCCUGUGCCUAUCCCUGUACCUCUUCCUCUAUGAGGGCGGGGUCAGUCACGCCCACCCCAAGGGCCAAGUACCAGGUUUCUUUUCCCUGGCAUCCAUCACGCAUCUCUUUGCCACGGAGCUGACGGUACCGGCCAACGUUCAGAUCCGAGGUCUACUGAACACGACGGACGGCUGCCAUCGACUGUGGCUGAAGGGAGAGUCGCUGUGGUUUGAUUUAAAGUUUAACGGGAGUCUGAGUCCGCUGUGGACACGACAUAACAAGAAGCUGUCAACGGAGGUUGCAUUAUGGUGGAAAACGUUACAGAACAGCAAGUUCACUAAUAUCUCCGAGGUAAUGAGGGAGGCACUGCGUGUCAUCCCGGGGGAGGAUCCUUAUCGCAUACGGGACGUCGGGCGCUGUCUGCGCUGCGCCGUGGUCGGCAACUCAGGGAACCUCCGCGGCAGUAACUACGGCCAUCUGAUCAACUCUCACGACUUUGUCUUCAGAAUUAACAAGGCCCCUACUGUGGGCUUCAUGACUGAUGUCGGCAGCAAAGAAACGCACCAUUUCAUGUACCCAGAGAGUUUCCUGAAUCCUGGCCACGAUGUGAACUUUGUCCUGAUGGACUUUAAGCUGCUGGACAUUGCCUGGCUGACCAGUGCACUGACCAAUGGCAGCAUUAAGAGAACAUACACGGCAGUCAUGAAAAAGAUAAAUGUAACUAGAAGCAAGGUGAUGAUCUACAAUCCAGCCCUUAUGCAUCACGUUCAUACUGAAUGGACACAGAAACAUGGCCGGUACCCGUCAACUGGUCACCUAGCGAUGUUCUUUGCCUUGCAGAUAUGUGACGAGGUUAAUCUGUUUGGCUACGGAGCCAACAAGCUGGGAAACUGGGAUCACUACUGGAAGAAAGACGACGGAACUCACAACUCCUUCUUCAAGAAGACGGGCGUACACGACAGUAACUAUGAACAGUCUAUCAUGGACAGCCUCCAAAAAGCCGGCAAGAUCAAGAUAUAUCCGGGGGUCAGAUGAUCGGAAAAACAAAAAAUUGGCAAGUGUAUCCAGCUUGUAGUCAGGAGACUUGACACAAAAACCUUCUUUAGGGGAGGAUAGAGCUAGGGUGGGGUAAGAGGAGACAGGACUCCAGACAACAUAAGUGUUCAUGCAGGGAGGUUACACUGUAACUAAGGUGACAUCUGAUUUAGUUGGCUACGGCAGUCUUCUCAAAUAUCCAAGACAAGUUGCAAACAAGUUUGUCCGCAAUUGGCCCAAUCGUAUCAGGUACUAGUUGCUGGAUUCUGAACAACUUCCCUGGAAUCCUCCUGUGUUGACGUUAUCGGCAUUGUUUACAGACACUUAACUUCAUUCCAGGAAGAUUUCAGGAAAUUUGUGUGGAAUCCUGCCGUAAUACCCAAUAGGCCUAUUGAGAAUAUACAUGUGGAUGAAAACGAAAGCCAGGGUCCAAAUUAGUCUGGCGCUUCUACUUGAUCAACCCAUUAUAGUACUUGACGUUCCAAGGAACCUCACAGGUGCGGUUCGAAUGGGAGCUUUUCACAGGAUUUUGGUUUUUUUAAUGAACAAUAUGUUCACAUCAAUUUUGUCGGGUGCACCACGAAGUGACGCAUUGUCUAUGGACUUUGUGCACACGAUACGUCACUUCGUGGUGCGACCGACGAUUUGUUGAUAUUGAGUGAAAUUUUGUCCUUUUUGGUGGUGAGCCUGGUAGGUUUCCCAUGCUCAGUUAGUUGAUGCAGUUUUCUUUCACUGAAGUAAUUUUAGAGACGAAGAAAUUUACCAAAAUCAAAUCCUUAUAAAUAAGUAACUGUUUCCUUACCCCCAAAAAUGCUCCCUCCUAAAAAAAAUAGAACCUCACCUGUACCCCAACAAAAUAGUGGCAGCAUGAUUCAAAGAUACACAUCUGAAUCGAAUUCAACAACGACAUCUGAGAGAAAAUUGUUUUCCCUGUUAUUGAACAGCUAACAGUUUCGCCUGCCCAUGCCAAACAUUAAUCCUAGAUGCAUUCCAUUGUUAAAAGUACUGAAUUUAUACCAAAAAGAAGCAACCCAUAGGUUUGAAAUAUCGGUCACAAAUGAAGCCAAAGCUUUCAGAAAAAUAUGAACUUGUACUUUAUUCGGAAUUUCACAUUGCAGACUGUAAAUUAUUUGCAAAAGUUUUUUUGAAACCUAAAAGUUCUGGGGUUAAUAUUCAUAGUGAACACCGACACACUGCUGCAGUUGGCACUUUUUCUGAGGUUCAUUCUUCUUUUGAAAAUUGCCGUUUGUUGUUCGUUUGCAAAUCUUCCAGUCCAUUGGUAGAUUUGAAGUCAGAGAACAGCCAGGCCAGUAUGUCAAGGCAGAUUCUUGCCGUAUUGAACUCUGACACAGGGUCAGCUUAAUUUAAAUAUUCAUGUCCAUGCACUUGGGUACUGCAUGCCACGUCAAUGCUUACUUUGGAUCCUGACCAAUCAGAAGUAUUGUCAACCAUAGCAACCAAUGACAUCUCAGAAGCUGUGAGAAUGUGAAAACACCGAGAAUGUGAACAUUCUGUUGCAAUAUUUGUGUAAUGUUUUUGCAACUUACAAAUGUUAUAUGCUCUUUUGAAACCAGUCAAAUGGAGAUGCAACCAAACAAAAAACAAAAAAAAUGUGGAGACAAUUUUUUUUCUUCAGUUUAUUACAAUGUGUGAUCCAUAUACCAUGUAUACAUGUACAUAUAUGUCUAAACAGUACUGUAGAAGUAAAUUGCCACUAAAGGCAACAUUUUGAAGAUGCUCAAAAAAUGUGUUAACACAGAGCUUUAUUUUUCACCAUGGUGACAUCAUAAUUUUCAAGUGGGCAUACAU